AUUCAUCUUAAUUCACCUUAAAUUUCAUUAAUGACAUUUAUUAUAGUCAAGGAAGUAUAUGAAUAUUCUUCAAGAAAAUGCAUCAGCAAACACACCACUGAUGCUAAAUGUCUCAGUUAUAAGUACUGAAGUCUAAAACCUCUGCAGUGUCUUAAAUGCCUGCAUCACACACAUCAUAGUGUAUUACAGUGUUUGGGUGCAUCUUUCCUUCUAAACUCGUUAGAUAACAAAUAAAUGAAAGGUGGAGUAAAGGCAACUGAUGUGGAGCCCGCUGCAGACUGCCUCUCUGCAUGAUCUGUCCCCACCCCUUCCGUUCGGGAUGACUCUUGAGUGAAGCCUCUCCUCCUCACUUCCCAAUCCCAAAAUCUGCAGAAGAGUUGAAGAGCACCUGAAAACUGGAUGGGCAGCACCAGGAGCAAAACUGUCAGCAAGAACUGGUCUUCUUCUUUUUCUGUUUAGAGAAAUCUAGCUGGUGUCUCACUGAGCAGAAGAAGUGAGCUGGGCUGAAACAGGAUCCUGCACUCCAGGUUUUCAAAUGGCUGAUCCUUUUCUAUACAAUACUGGAGAAAGGUCUCACUAUGGGUGCCUUGGCCAUGAAGUACAAAUUGAGUACCUUAAGGCAUAUGUUUGUAGACCAUCUUUUUCCACGGACAAAGCUGUGAUUGUGGUUCAUGAUGUAUUUGGAUGGCAGUUCCCAGACAUUAGAUACAUAGUCGAUUUGAUAGCAGGUCAUGGAUACAUAACCAUCUGCCCAGACUUCUUCAAGGGCACAAAACCCUGGACAUCUACUGAUCACUGGGCUGACUUUCCUGACUGGAUGAAAAAUCACGAUCCUAUGAAAGUAGACAAGGAAGCUGAUGUUGUCUUGAAGUAUCUAAAGGAACAAUGCGGUGCAAAGAAGAUUGGUAUCGUUGGGUUUUCCUGGGGUGGAAUGGCAGUACAUCACUUGAUGCUGAAAAAUCCUCAAUUAGCCGCUGGGGUGUCCCUCUAUGGAAUAGUUAGAGACUCUGAAGAAAGAUACAGUUUACUAAAUCCCACAUUUUUCAUUUUUGGUGAGAAAGACCACACUAUUUCUUUGGAUCAGAUCUUCUUACUGGAGGACAAGCUGAAACAGUAUUGUAAAGUUCCCUAUAAAAUUAAAGUUUAUCCUGGGCAAGUUCAUGGGUUUGCACAACUGAAGCCAGAAGAUAUGAAACCUGAGGAUAAACCUUAUAUUGAAGAAGCUAGAAGGGAUAUGAUUGAUUGGAUCAAAAUGUUUGUUUGACAAUAGCAGAAAGAAAUGCUAGGCUUCAAGAUCAGUGAUUGAUUUAAUUUAAGAGAAGAAAACAGUCAAGGGAAAAUUAUCUCAUUUUGGAAGUUGUCAUAAACUAAAAUAGCAAUGUUUUAAUUUAUAGCUUUAAAUUAUUUUUGACAAUAUUUUCAGAAGAUUGUGAAAUAAAAGUCAGA